UUUCAUUAAUUAUCUCUUAUUCCAUUCCUUGUCUAGUGUGAGGAUAUGUCAUCAUCAACAUUAUGUAGUUGCGAGUUGAAGCCGAUUGUUGGAUCAGAUUGUGAUGAGAGUGCUCACAGAUCGUCCAACAAUUGGCUUUCCAUCCAAAAUCCAAGCACAGAAGAAGAUGAUGAUGAUGAGUUGAUGAAGAGGAGGAGGCCUGGACAGGAUGAGGUCUGGAAAGCAAUCCAAGCACAGAAGCAGCAGGGGGAUGAUCACAAUAAUAAUAAGGCGCCACCAAUACGAUCAACUGUUUCCUGGAGUGCAAUUAUCUUAUCUGAUCAAAAAGUUGAUGUUCAAGAUUCAGUGCCUUAUAUCCACCCUCUCCUCAAAAAGUCAUCUAGCUGUUGUUUGAGCAAACAGAGCCUUCAGAUUUGCACGGAGAGUCUUGGCUCAGAGACCGGCUCCGAUUGUCUCACCUCCCAAACCCGCGAUUCUGAUCACGUUCAAGAUCAAGUUCAGGACAACAAACAAGCUCAUGAAGAAGAAGAAGAAGAUAUUUUCAACGAUGUAAAGAUAAAAAAUUAUAGCAAGAAAUCAGCAUCAUCUUUCCCUCCUCCACUCCCUUCUCUGGCCAACUCAAGCGUUCAGCUGCGCUCUCACCGCCAAGGCAAAGGCGAAGCCGAAGGCAGCAGGUUGAUUCUCGAAGCAGUUUCCGUCCCUCAGCGCAACUACUUCCAUGCUGAACGCUCCCACGGCAGGCUGCUCCUCACAGCCCUCAAAAGCCCCACCAGUUCAGAUCAACAAGAAGCUGGGGAUGAUGAAACUGAUGAAGAUGAGGAAGAACUUGAGUCUUCUACCACGCCAUCGUUCAACAGCAACAGUAACCACUUGUACUGGAACAGUAGUAGUAUUGCAGAGUACAAACAACAGCAGCAGGAGAAGGAAGAGGGGUUGAUUCCAUUGUUGAGGAACUGCAAAGAAGCAAGGAGGAGGUCUCUACUAACGUGGGUGCCCCCUAAUUACUGCAUUGCCACCUCCUCCUAAUCCUCCAUCAUAAACCAACCCAUUCAUUCCAUUUCCGAAUGCAAUAUUUAACAACUCUAAUAAAACAUGUCCCCAUGUAUGAUACUAGUAGUCUGCACUCCCUCCUAAGAUCAUAGCUUUACUCUUUCGUUCAAAGAGUUUGUGUAGUGUUAGUGACCCUAAAUAAACAUGUUGAAUAGGUAGAACACUAUUUUUUCUACUUCCAUAUCAUAAACAAAGAUGAUUUUGAAUCAUAA